UUUGUUAACUUAGCAGCCUCUCCCUAAAGCCCGCUCUCUCCUUAUAAGGCUGUGUGCACCGCUUUUGGCAAAGUUGCAAAAGGAUCCAGCUCUCUCCUUCCUGCUUCCUCCUUGCUGUGGUGGCUGGGAUGCUUCUUCCAUGAUUGUUUUGAAUCUAGACUGGGCAGUUCUCUGUGUUAAGUCAAUCAAUUACGACCUCUUAACAGUGUGAAGUGAGGGAGGCCUCUCCCUCCUUUCUCCUCCCUCUGUGAUCCACCUUCCCUUUUACCCUGCUCUGUGGCGGCUCUGCCCCUUACCUUCAUGGAUGACUCAGAGGUGGAGUCGACCGCCAGCAUCUUGGCCUCUGUGAAGGAGCAAGAGGCUCAGUUUGAGAAGCUGACCCGGGCGCUGGAGGAAGAACGGCGCCACGUCUCGGCGCAACUGGAACGCGUCCGGGUCUCGCCGCAAGAUGCCAGCCCACUCAUGGCCAACGGCACUCUCACCCGCCGGCAUCAGGAUCACAGUCACCUUCUGUAUAGCACAAUCCCCAGGAUGCAGGAGCCGGGGCAGAUUGUGGAGACCUACACUGAGGAGGACCCUGAAGGAGCCAUGUCUGUUGUCUCCGUGGAGACCUCAGAUGAUGGGACCACUCGGCGCACAGAGACCACAGUCAAGAAAGUCGUGAAGACCGUGACAACACGAACUGUACAGCCAGUCCCCGUGGGGCCAGAUGGGAUGCCUGUGGAUGCUGCAUCAGUGUCUAACAACUAUAUCCAGACUUUGGGUCGUGACUUCCGCAAGAAUGGCAAUGGUGGCCCUGGUCCCUACGUGGGCCAAGCAGGCACUGCUACCCUUCCCAGGAACUUCCAUUACCCUCCUGAUGGAUAUAGCCGCCACUAUGAAGAUGGGUAUCCGGGUGGUGGUGACAACUAUGGCAGUCUGUCCCGGGUGACCCGUAUUGAGGAGCGGUAUAGGCCCACCAUGGAAGGCUACCGGGCGCCAAGUAGACAGGAUGUGUAUGGGCCCCAGCCUCAGGUUCGGGUGGGUGGGAGCAGUGUGGAUCUGCACCGCUUUCAUCCAGAACCUUAUGGGCUAGAGGAUGACCAGCGAAGCAUGGGCUAUGAAGACCUGGAUUACGGCCUGAUGUCCGAUUACGGCACUGCCCGUCGGACUGCAACACCCUCUGACCCUCGCCGACGUCUCAGGAGCUAUGAAGAUAUGAUUGGUGAGGAGGUGCCUUCGGAUCAAUACUAUUGGGCUCCUUUGGCCCAGCACGAGCGAGGAAGCUUGGCAAGCUUGGAUAGCUUGCGCAAGGGAGGGCCACCCCCUGCUAAUUGGAGACAGCCAGAGUUGCCCGAGGUGAUCGCCAUGCUAGGAUUUCGCCUGGAUGCUGUCAAAUCCAACGCAGCUGCAUACUUGCAACACUUAUGCUACCGCAACGACAAGGUGAAGACCGACGUGCGGAGACUCAAGGGCAUCCCAGUGCUAGUGGGGUUGUUAGACCACCCGAAAAAGGAGGUACACCUUGGAGCCUGUGGAGCGCUGAAGAAUAUCUCUUUUGGCCGUGACCAAGAUAACAAAAUCGCUAUAAAAAACUGUGAUGGUGUCCCUGCCCUUGUGCGAUUGCUCCGAAAGGCUCGUGACAUGGACCUUACUGAAGUCAUUACUGGAACCCUGUGGAAUCUUUCAUCCCAUGACUCAAUCAAAAUGGAGAUUGUGGACCAUGCACUGCACGCUUUGACAGAUGAAGUAAUCAUCCCACAUUCUGGUUGGGAAAGAGAACCUAACGAAGAUUGUAAACCGCGCCAUAUUGAGUGGGAGUCGGUGCUCACCAACACAGCUGGCUGCCUUAGGAAUGUAAGCUCAGAGAGGAGUGAAGCUCGCCGGAAGCUUCGGGAAUGUGAUGGCUUGGUUGAUGCCCUUAUUUUCAUUGUUCAGGCUGAGAUUGGACAGAAGGAUUCAGACAGCAAGCUUGUGGAGAAUUGUGUUUGCCUCCUUCGAAACUUGUCCUAUCAAGUUCACCGGGAGAUCCCACAGGCAGAGCGUUAUCAGGAGGCACCUCCCAACGUUGCCAACAAUACUGGGCCACAUGCUGCCAGCUGCUUUGGGGCCAAGAAGGGCAAAGGAAAGAAACCCCCCGAGGAGCCUGUAAAUGAAACAGUGGAUUUCCCUAAAAGGACCAGUCCUGCUCGAGGCUAUGAGCUCUUAUUUCAGCCAGAGGUGAUACGCAUAUACAUCUCCCUUCUCAAGGAAAGCAAGACUCCUGCUAUUCUAGAAGCCUCAGCUGGAGCCAUUCAGAACUUGUGCGCUGGGCGCUGGACGUAUGGUCGUUAUAUCCGGUCUGCUCUGCGUCAGGAGAAGGCUCUUUCUGCCAUAGCUGACCUACUGACCAAUGAACAUGAACGAGUCGUGAAAGCUGCCUCUGGAGCACUGAGAAACCUGGCUGUGGAUGCCCGUAACAAAGAGCUGAUUGGUAAACAUGCUAUUCCUAACUUGGUGAAGAAUCUGCCUGGGGGGCAGCAGAAUUCCUCCUGGAAUUUCUCCGAAGACACUGUAGUCUCUGUUUUGAACACCAUCAAUGAGGUCAUUGCCGAGAACUUGGAGGCCGCCAAAAAGCUCCGAGAGACACAGGGCAUCGAGAAGCUGGUGUUAAUCAACAAAUCAGGGAAUCGUUCAGAAAAAGAAGUUCGAGCAGCAGCACUUGUGCUACAGACAAUCUGGGGGUAUAAAGAACUGCGCAAGCCACUGGAGAAGGAAGGGUGGAAGAAAUCGGACUUCCAGGUGAACCUGAAUCAUGCUUCCCGAAGCCAGAGCAGUCAUUCAUACGAUGACAGCACUCUCCCUCUCAUUGAUCGCAACCAGAAAGCAGAUAAGAAACCUGAUCGGGAAGAGAUUCAGAUGAGCAAUAUGGGAUCUAACACAAAAUCACUAGAUAACAAUUACUCCACACUGAAUGAGAGAGGGGACCAUAACAGAACACUGGAUCGGUCUGGGGAUCUGGGUGAUAUGGAGCCAUUGAAGGGAACACCAUUGAUGCAUGACGAGGGACAGGAAUCCCUGGAGGAAGAGUUGGAUAUGUUGGUUUUGGAUGAUGAGGGGCACCAAGUGUCUUACCCCCCCAUGGUAUGUCCUGCAGCCACUCCCAAGAUCAGACUUGAGGAAGGAGGCCUCUGUGUGUCAGCCUCGUGUCAAUCAUGUUGAUGUCAUCAGAGCGCGCUCGCAGCCUUGCUGGGCUCAGGGGUUCUGUCUGUGU